CGGCUUUCUCGGUCAUGGCGGAGAGGAUUGAACAGCGCAUUGAGGACCGGAUCCCCGAGCUGGAGCAGCUGGAGAGGGUCGGGCUGUUUACUCGCAAGGAGAUCAAAGCAGUUAUUAAGAAGACCUCAGCCCUUGAAUACAAAAUACAGCGGAGAGCGCUUCAUAAGGAGGAUUUUAUCAGUUAUAUUCAGUAUGAAAUCAAUCUGUUGGAACUGAUUAAGAAAAGAAGAUCGCGCAUUGGCUACUCGUUUAAGAAAGAUGAGAUUGAGUACUCCAUUGUGCAGCGAAUACAUGGCAUCUUCAAACGUGCCACAACAAAAUGGAAGGAUGACAUUCAGCUGUGGCUGUCUCAUGUUGCGUUUUGCAAGAAAUGGAACAAGAAAAUACAGCUGAGCAAGGUGUUUUCUUCCAUGUUGGCCCUUCAUCCAAACAAACCAGCUCUGUGGAUUAUGGCUGCAAAAUGGGAAAUGGAGAACCGCUUGUCAUCUGCAAAUGCCCGGCAGUUGUUUUUGCGUGCAUUGCGCUUCCAUCCAGAGUGUCCCAAACUUUAUCAAGAGUAUUUUAGAAUGGAGCUGAUGCACGCUGAAAAGCAGAGGAAAGAAAAGAAAGCAUUUGAGCAUGCAAACAUGGACUUGGGUGAGUUCAGUUAUUCCGAGGACAUACUUAACGGUGAAAUGGCUCGAAUAGUCUGGAGAGAGGCCGCCCAGAAAGUCAAAGGUGCAGAGUUUCUGUUGAUGCUGCUGUCUAUUGCAAAAAUUUUUGAUUUUACACAGGAGCUCCAAAAAGAAAUUUUGGACAAAUUGCAGGCCGAGUAUGCGAACGAUCCUCUUAUGUGGGAUUAUAUGGCGCGGCAGGAGCUGGAGAUAGACUCCGUGCCGCCGAAAGAACCGACGUCUAAACAGUCAAAGGUGCUGGAGGUGGCCCACAAAGAAGAACAGUGCUGUAGAGUGUUCGAGGAGGCAGUGACAUCUCUUCCCACAGAGGACAUGUGGAAAUGUUACAUCACUUUUUGCUUGGAGAGAUUUAACCGGAAAACCAAUUGUGAAGAGUUAAGGCAGAAGAGACUGAAAAGGAUAUUAAGUGUCUUCAGUCAAGCUCACGAGUCACAGUUGCUGCCAGCUUCAUUGUACAAACAGUGGCUUCAGCUCUUACUGGAGCUUGACCUCCAAGAGAAGGCCGAAGAGGUGGCAGCGGCAGCCAGCGAGCGGUUCAGCCAGUCGGUAGAGAUGUGGGAAAUGAGACUGCAGCUGCUGGCUAAGUGGAAUAGUGAUGGUCUGGCUUCUUGUUUCCAGGAAGCUUUUCGGGCAGUUAAAGAUAAGGACAGCUUGCCAGUAUGGAUUUUAUGGGUUGAAUGGAGCGAGACGGCGAAUGGCAAGGCUGAAACUGAAGCUCUUUAUCAGAAAUCCUUACUUGCCACACUCCCAGCCGACUCGAUAACCAUGAAAGAAAAGUACCUUGAAUGGGCCUAUAGGACAGGUGGCUAUAAGAAAGCCAGAAAAGUCUUUACCAGCUUGCAUGAAAGCCGGCCAUUUUCACUUGAGUUCUUCAAGAAGAUGAUUCAGAUAGAAAAGGAGCAAGAAUCUUAUAAAAUGUCCAAUAUACGAGACUAUUACGAACGUGCCUUGCGAGAGUUUGGUGCCAUGGAACCUGAUCUGUGGUUGGCGUACAUCAGAGAAGAGCUGAGUUCCCAGGGCAAACCUGAGAACUGUGGCAGUAUUUACUGGAGAGCUAUGAAAAUGUUACAAGGAGAACAAGUGGAAAAUUUUAUUUCGAAGUACACAUUGCUGCAGACUGGACAUCUAUGAAAAGUGUAGUUGCAUCUGUUUCUUGGAAGACAAGCAGUGAAGAACUAAAUUAACU